UGCCGAGACAAUCGCUCGACGAAACGCUGUCAGCGUUGGGCUGUCAGAUGCACAGGAGGGUGGAUGCUCGUCUACAACAGUUCUGAGGUGUCUACUACUGCAAGAUUAAAAGCGGCAGACAGGGGCACCCGGAAGGCACAAAAGUGAAGAACAAAAGAUGAACCGUUUCAGGACUUCAAAAUUUAAAAACACCACCCCGAAGAUCCCCAAAAAAGAUGGCUGGAUCGGCGACAUCAGGGCCGGCUCCUUCACCUCACUGGGGAACCACAUAAAAUCCAGCUGCAGGCUUGUGGCCUUCAACACCGAGCAGGCCGGUGGUGGAAUUCUGGGCCUGGCUUCACUGGAUGCAGGAUCUGAUGGCAAGUGGACGGUGUCUCACAUCCCCUGUCAUGCUGACCAGGUGACUGAUUUUGACUUCUCCCCGUUUGAUGACAGCGUUCUGGCCACCUGCUCUGCUGAUGAGACGGUGAAGCUGUGGCGUCUGCUGGAGCCCAGUGAGGAGCAGCCCAGCUCCGCGGAGGUGACCCUGUCCCCGGGGGAGGGGCGCCUGGAGACCGUGGUCUUCCACCCCACCUCCUCCGGCCUCCUGGCCCUGGGCUCCUCCCUGAGGGCUCAGGUGUGGGACAGCAGCCGGGACACCCCGCUGGCAGCUCUGGAGCAACACCCCGAUCAGCUGCAGGGCCUCACCUGGAAGCAGGAUGGCUCCCUAUUGGCCACCACCUGCAAGGACAAAAAGCUGAGAGUGUUCGACCCCAGGGCCCAGCUGACACCUGUCCAGAGUGCACCGGGUCAUCAGAACAACAAGGACUCGCGCAUACUGUGGAUAAAGGACUCGGACCACUUCCUGACCACUGGCUUCAAUCAGGUACGGGAGAGAGAGGGCCGGCUGUGGGACAGCAGGAAGCUGGGCUCCUCUCUGGCCUCAGUGUCGCUGGGCACCGCCACUGGCACCUUGAUCCCUCUGUUUGACCCUGAUUCUGGUCUCCUGGUGGUGGCAGGAAAGGGCGACAGUGUGAUUGACUGCUUCGAGCUGAGUGACUCAGAACCCUUCUUCUCUCAAGUGAGUCACUGUCUGACAGAAACCCCCUCUCGUGGCGUUGCCAUGGUGCCCAAGCUGGCGCUGGAUGUCGGGUCCUGUGAGGUUCUGCGGGUGCUGCAGCUCACUGACAGCUUCAUUGUGCCCAUCAGCUACCAAGUGCCCCGCAAGGCAGGGCAGGACUUCCACGCAGACCUGUACCCAGACACUGUGGGCCAGACGCCCGCCAUGUCUGCGGAGGAGUGGUGGCAAGGAGAGAACCGCCAGGUGCAGAGGGUCAGCCUCCACCCAGACAAGCGGCCAAAGCCUAGCCCUGCAGCAGCCAGUAAAGAGCCAGCUAAGAGCAAACUGUCAAGUGGGAGGAGCAAAGAGGAGGCGCCUGUCGGUUGCUCCUCCUCCAGCAGCCCUAUGACCACGCCCAGCAGCAGUGUUGCCCCCUCCCGCUCCCCCUCCUCCACCAGCGGCCUGUCGUCCGGCUUCCUGCCCAGCCCCAGCCAGAGCAGCAAGGCCAUACAGAGCAUGCUGGGACCCAGCUCUAAGUUCCGGCACAUCCAGGGUAGCGUCCUGCACCGCGACACCCACUUCACCAACCUGCGGGGCCUGAACCUGACCACGCCCGGCGAGAGCGACGGCUUCUGUGCCAACAGCCAGCGCGUGGCGGUGCCCCUCGCCAUCGCCGGGGGCCAGAUCGCCGUGUUUGAGCUGUCGCAGCCUGGUAAGCUGCCCGACACGGCGCUGCCCACCAUCCAAAACGGCGUUAACGUCGCCGAUCUCUGCUGGGACCCCUUCGACACCCACCGACUGGCAGUGGCGGGGGAUGAUGCUAAGAUCCGGGUGUGGCAGGUGCCAAAGGGAGGCCUGGUGGAGACUCUGACGGAGCCAGAGUGCGUUCUGCAAGGGCACACAGAGAAGAUCUACUCCAUCCGCUUCCACCCGCUGGCGGCCGGCCUCCUGGCCUCCUCCUCCUACGACCUGUCCCUGCGUCUGUGGGACCUGGAGGCCGGGGAGGAGGUGAAGCUCCUGCAGGGACACCAGGACCAGAUAUUUGGGAUGGCGUGGAGUCCGGACGGCCAGUUUCUGGCCACUGUGUGCAAAGAUGGGAAAGUGCGCAUCUAUGACCCGCGCAAGUCUGCCGAGCCUGUACAGGAGGGCCCUGGCCCCGAGGGCCACAGGGGGGCGCGGAUCGUGUGGGUGUGCGGGGGGGAGUACCUGCUCGUGUCCGGGUUCGACAGCCGCAGUGAGAGACAGCUGUACCUGUACUCCUCCCAGUCCCUGUCCUCCGGUACCGUGGCAACCGCCUCCACCGACGUCUCGCCCUCCACCCUCAUCCCGUUCUACGACCCGGACACCAGCGUGCUCAUCCUCACGGGAAAGGGUGAUACCCGUGUCUACAUCUUUGAGAUUGAGCCAGAGGCUCCCUACUUCCUGGAGUGCAGUUGCUUCAGUUCCCCUGAUCCACACAAGGGCCUGUCCUUCCUGCCAAAGACGGAGUGCAACGUGCCCGAUGUGGAGAUCGCCCGAGCUCUGCGGCUCACCAAGACCACCAUCGAACCCGUCGCCUUCAGGGUGCCCCGCGUCAAGAAAGAGUUCUUCCAGGACGACGUGUUCCCCAACACCGCCGUGUGGUGGGAGUCCGCUAUGACGGCCUCGGCCUGGCUCUCCGGCUCCAACGGACAGCACCGCAAGAUCAGCCUCCGGCCCAAAGACAUGGCCCCCGUGAGCGAGGCUCCCAAAGAGGCCCCUGUGAGGAAGUACAUGCCCUCAUCGUACUAUCUGGAGGAGAAGACCGAUGAGCAGAAGAAGGACGAGUUGCUGAGUGCCAUGGUGGCAAAGCUGGGAAACCGGGAGGACCCACUGCCACAGGAAUCCUUCCAGGGAGUGGAUGAGGAUGAGUGGGAUGAUUAGGGUACCCUGUUUACCUCAUGGACCAGUCAGGGUGCCAACAGCAGCCCCCCCGGAGAAAGGAGUGGGGGGGGGGCUGGUCUGGAGAACACGCCAUUCCUGUGUGCCGAAAAACCAAGACAUGCCACCACACACCUCGAAACGUCCACGCUUUACACUCCCCACACUGCCCGACCUUCACAACCAGAGCUUCCUUUCACCUCAUAGCCACGAUCCGCACUCCACACUGAGCAAAAUCAGAGCAAACUGGACAUCCCUGUGGCACCUUAACGUCCCCACGACGCACAAUCGCACGAAAUGUCUUCAUAACUGGAUAACUUAAAAAGAAAGAAGGGUCGCACACUCUGUUUACUCCAACGCAGAUCUUCAUCGCCAACGUUUCGGCAGCAAGCUGCCUUCGUCAGGGCCUUUACCUGCGUGUCCUUCUGGUCUGCACCUCGCUAAAACAAGGUGUGCGUUUUCUUUUUCACUUUUUAUAACUGGAUAAGUCCGAACAACCUGAGGGAAACGGACAUUUCAAACACGCACAGCAAAGAGCACACGCGGACAGCCGAGAAACAGGGUUAGGCCCGGAGAAGUGCUGCUUUUUAUUCUGUAGCCAGGCUCGACUGUGCCAUGAAAAAUCCGAAUUAACUGGAAUCAAUUCACUCUCUGUUGUGACCGAAUUAGAUUUUUUUUUUAUAUGAAAAGGUACAGUUCCUCCUUAAAAGGAAAGAACUCCUCCUAAAAAUGCAAAUGUGUGAGAUCACUUCCUGAUCUGAGCCCCCCCACCCCCUACCAACAGUUGCAUCAAGCACCACCAAUCCACACAUCAACAUGCAGCGUUCAGAUGUGCUGUCACUCAACAUGACUCAUUUACAUUCUUCACGUUAAUACUGCCUAUACUGCUCAGUGACAUCAUAGAGGGGCGUGGCCCCCUGACUCUGGAAUAUUUCCUUUCAAAAACGUAGCUUUCACGCUGGUUUAAAGUUCUUACAUGGAACUUAGGGUUCAGGAUCAAAUGACAUUUCUUAGGCAAAGGCAAGUUAAGUAUAUUUUCACCAAGGUCAAUAAGGGCAGUAGACUGUAUUUACAAAAAGAAGUGAUGUUCUGAUUGAACAUAUAGACAGUUUACUCAGCAAUACCAGACAAUUGACCUAGUCUCUGAUUUAUCUGGGCUCAGGCAGGUGUUCUUUAAAGAUGGUAGGAGUGGUUUGGCUGUCUGUGGGGAUCAGGGUUGGGGACUCACUUCCAUACGGAUAAUUGUAUUUGUCAGAGUGAUAUCUGGUUAAUGUGUCUGUUGCAGUGUCUCACGCUGUGGUGGUUUUAAUAUUGAUAUUAUGUGUUGGCUCUUAAUCCGCUCUUUCUCUCUGGGAGUCUCGUAAAAGGGCAUUUUUAUCUUUCAGAAAUCUUCCAGGUUUAACACGGUGACAAAUGCACGGUCCUUUUUAUAUAAACGUUUAACUGGAAUCUCUGUUCUUUGUAACAGUCAGUGACCGCUGGAGACAUUUGAGGGACACAUUCUUUGACUUUUUUAAAAAUUGAUAUAGAUAACAUUCCUUUUCAUUUUCUUUAAGCGACACAGUGUUACUAACUAUUUGGUGCAAUCAAUUAAAUCCAGAAUUUGUUUUUCAUCAGGGCUAUAAAACAGGGCAAUACUUGGAAGAUGUAUUUUGAACUAAUCAUGUUUACAAAAAAAGAGAAGAAGACUGGAAUUAAUGUACAGUGUGUGGCAUGGUACGUACAGUAUAUUUUACAGCAAUUAUAGAUUGAACACACACACACACACUCACACACACACACACACACACACCUGUGACAAUUUGUGGGAAGUGUUAGUCUUUAAUGUGUCUGUCUCACACGUGCCUACAACACCUCCUCCAUUCUCACAAAUGUAUCAUGUAUUCUACCUGGGAAAACUAAUGUAUGCUCCAUUUUAAAAAAGCUUUUAUACUUGGAAUGAUGUUUUUUUUUCCUCUUUGUCAGUCUUUCGUAAAGUGGGAAUGUUGCCUUUCAAUAAAUACCUUUUUUCAAAACAACAA